GGGUCUCCAUGUUGACUCGAAGGCGAGAGAGAGGUCUGCUUUCUUUUCCCUCCCAAGCUAAAAUGGAGGCGACGAGAUCAGCGUGAGUCUUCAGUCUCCUCAGAAAGAGUUGGGGAGCAGCUUUACCGCUUCUAAUAUUGACAGCUACUAUACUGCCAAAAUGACAUCUUCUACCUCUGCACAAUUUCCACCAUCUGAGAGUACCUGCAGAACAUCACUUGAACCAGUUAAACAGGUACGACCAAAACUGCCACUCCUGAAAGUUCUGCAUGCAGCAGGUGCUAAGGGUGAAACCUUUACAUUAAAAGAGUGUAUGAUAUAUCUUGGAGAGUACAUUGCACAGAAGCAGUUGUAUGACAAAGAACAGCAGCACAUGGUACACUGUGGAAGAGACCAGCUGGGGGAGCUUUUGGGCUGUCAGAGUUUCUCUGUGAAAGAACCAAGCCCUGUUUAUGAUAUGCUGCGAAGGAAUGUAACUCUUACCACUGUUACAGAUGCUGCACAGACACUUGCUUUCGCAAAGGAUCAGAGCGAGGAUAAUCCAAGCCAAGAUCAGCUGAAGAAUAGCACAGAGAGAAGUUUCAGCACUGGGCAAGAAGAUCAUGAGGGUGAUGUAUCUGCUUUGACAGCCUUAAAGCAUACAUGCAAGGAGAAAGAAGAUAAAGUACUAAUCGGUAGCUUUUCAAAAGAGCAAACUACAUUGGAUCAGUUGGUUGAAGAGUGGGAUGUAGCUGGCCUUCCAUGGUGGUUUUUAGGGAAUUUGAGAAACAAUUACAAGUCCAGAAGUAAUGGUUCAACAGAUAUACAUACAAAUAAGGAUGUGGAUACUGCUGUUGUUUCAGAUACUACAGAUGACUUGUGGUUUCUUAAUGAAGCUGUUUCAGAUAACUUCAGUGUCACAGUCUCAUCAAAAAUAGUUGAAUGUGAACAAGCUAAUGAAGAAGGAAAAGAGGAUAGUAAAGUAAUGAGUGAAGUUGUAUCUUCUGAUGACCUUGAAGAUUCCCAGUUCUUAAGUGAUGACACAGAUAUUGAUGUUCCCUCUGAGCAGGACAGUUGGCAAUGCACCAAAUGCAAGAAGUUCAAUUCUCCCAUUAAACGGUAUUGCUUCCGCUGCUGGGCUUUAAGAAAAGACUGGUUCUCUGACUGUCCCAAGCUAGUACAAUCCCUGUCCACAUCCAACAUUGCUACGAUGCACAGUAAAGAAGACCUGAAAGGGAUAGAUGUCCCAGAUUGCCGAAGAACAGUAUCUGCUCCAGUAGUACGACCCAAAGACUUCUUCAGAUCAGUGGUCAAACCCAACCUGUCCUCUAAAAGCUCUGUGGAUUCUUUGGAUCUGGCCCUGGGAUGUGAAGACCAAGAGCCUUCUUUGCCGUUUGUUAAGGGCACAGAAAAAGAAGAAGUGCAGGCCCUUGAGAAUAGCAAAGAAUUACUGAAGCCUUGCCUCAUCUGCCAGAGGAGGCCACGGAAUGGGAAUAUUGUCCAUGGAAGGACAGCUCACUUGGUGACCUGUUUCACAUGUGCAAAAAAAUUGAAGAAGGGACGAUCAGUUUGCCCAGUCUGUAAGAAACAGAUUCAGAUGGUGAUUAAGACAUUCAUAACAUAGCUGUGCCAUUUGUUUGGGUGCUAUGGACAUUUGUUUGGGUGCUAUGGACAUUAUUGCAAGAUAAUGUGUGCUAUGGGUGUGCUAUUCAAGGAAAGGAAAUAAUAUAUUCUGAAUUUGCAUAAGAUUCUUAUUUCUCAGCCACAUUAUGAUGCUUUCAUAAAGGCAAAAGAAACAAUCCCUUUUGCAUUUGUAGUCUUUUAGUUCUAAAUGAGUGAAAAGUUCAUGAAAAUUAACAAGCAUUUUAAUUAAAGUUAUGUUUAUAAUGUAGUCAAAUCUUGUUCAUACUUCAGACUAUUUGUUAAGUUAAAUGCAGUGUCUUAUACUCAUUAAUUUAAAUUGACUCGUUGAAUUUAUAUUGCAAGAAUUGUUUUUAUGACAUUUUAUGACAUCAUAAAAAAUUAUAUGUCCCCCUAGUUUGUUCUUAAAUUUUUUCCAUGAACUUCAUACUUCACUUCCAGUCAACUUCCUGUAGCAAGAUGGACAAUUUCAAGGGGGAAAGUUUGAGAGAAUUCAAGCAAUAUAAUAUGUGUUUCCUCCCACAAUCCCUGUUCGUGGGGCCAGAUACUAUAUUGCAUAUUUUUUUCUAUUAUAUAGAGACUGAUAAUGUAUAAUUAUUUCUAGUUUUUAUGGUAUGUGUAUAUGUGACAGAGAUAAAGGUAGAUUAUGUUUUUAUGGCAUUCUGCAAAAAUGGAAGAUUUCGGGAGCGGGGGAUGGGUUGUGCAUAUUACCCAUGUGUCUCGUAUGGAAAUAAGUGCAGUAUUUCUCCAUAGAGAAGUGCAGAUUUUUUCCUCUGCAUGCUCACAUGGAAAGACCAAAAAUGGCAAAUUAUUUUUCCUCUGACUGCUUUAAGCCAAAUGCAUAUUAAGUUGCGUUUUGCUGCUUCCAUGUUCCAGUUCCUUUUCUGUCGCAACGGAGUGAUAUCUUUGAGUUUGAUUUUGAGGACUAAACAUUUUUCCAAAUUUAACU